GUAUUAUUUUUGGUCUUACGUUCAUGGCAGAUGAACAGAUUCUGAAAUUGUUUCAUUUAACUCCAGUAGCGAAAGGGAAGCCAUGCAGAAAUCAGAGUACCCUGGAGCUGUGCAGAUGAGACACAGAGCAACAGGCAAUUAUGAUCAAAGGACGUCCUCAGGCUCACAGAUAAAACACAGGACUACAGUUCAGCGGAGCAAAUCCUCCUCAUUAGCCAGUUCUCCAGAGGCUACAAGAAGGGCUCAUCCUCGGCCAAGUGAUAAACUCAACCCUAAAACAAUUAACCCUUUCGGUGAACAGUCACGAGCACCUUCUGCGUUUGCAGCUAUUUACUCUAAAGGAGGCAUUCCUUGCAGACUGGUACAUGGCUCAGUAAAACACAGACUACAGUGGGACUGCCCGCCUGAAAUUCUUCCAUUUGAUCCGCUUCUAAUUACGUUAGCUGAGGGUCUGAGGGAGACCAAGCAUCCUUAUACCUUUGUGUCAAAGGAGGGCUUUAGGGAAUUGUUGCUUGUCAAGGGUGCUCCUGAGAAAGCUGUGCCUUUGCUACCUAGACUGGUCCCAGUGCUGAAGGCAGCUCUGGUUCAUUCUGAUGACGAAGUGUUUGACAGAGGACUGAGCGCGCUUGUGCAGCUGAGUGUGGCUGUUGGCCCAUCCCUGAAUGGCCAUCUGAAACUUCUGCUUACAAGUCUUUCCAAGAGGCUAAUGGACAAAAAAUUCAAAGAGCCCAUCACCAGCGCCUUGCAAAAGCUGGAGCAGCACGGUGGGAGUGGAAGUCUUACCAUCAUCAAAUCCAAAAUCCCAACGUACUGCUCUAUAUGCUGUUGAGUAAGGGAGCCAACAAAAGCCACGCUGCUUCCUCAGGCACUGACCUUGGCUGCCUAACCUUUCCUCACUUCUGGUCACUCUGAUUCACAGCACCACUCAUUCAUUAACUGUGCUACGGGGACCAUGUCAAGUCCAGAGGAAUCAUCUACAAGCUGUUUGUGAACACAGAGCACAGGUGCUAAUGGAAGGCAAUUAAAGUAACGUGUGUAAAAGUUGAGUUCUGUUGGGGUUUCUCAUGGUUGUCACCAGUGGGAGGUUACGGAUCAUACCUAUAUGUGUAUUUUCUAAUAUAUUUUUACUUACAGCUUGUCUGAAGAUCAUUUUGAGCCUGUGCUCUUGUUUCAUAGGUUGGUUCUGGCCAUUUCUUGGUUUUUAAAUUUAUCAAGACUGAAAAAAUAUAAGAUAGCAAGUAAGCAUUUGUGUCACCACUAUUAGUGGGGAUGUAUAAAUGUGUAUUUUGUAAUAUAGAGUGCUUGGGAACAUUAUUUCUUUCCUAAAGAUUCUGGCUUAAAAAACUUGUUUUAAAAUGUGAAAAUUCUAUUAUAAGUAUGUUGUU